AUGGGAAUAAAUGAAAGUGCCGAGAUAUCCCGCCGGCAAGGGGUAGCUGCUGCGGCUGCAAAGAAGCGACAGCGCCCACUUGUCCAGCCGACAGGGGCUUUAGAUAAAAUCAGAGAUACUCACUUGCAAUCAAAAUGGUCUGUCUAUCUUCCAAACUCCGUUACUCCGGACAACCGAAAUGAAGUAUUCUACAGUUAUUUGCCAGACAAAGAUAUUGCUAUCAUGGGAUACGGUCAACUUGAAAAUGGUUCUUACAUUAACGAUUAUUGGGCUCUCAAUUUAAGAAACUCCAUGUGGCAGCGUCUCACCUUCUCAGGCUACACGGCAUCACCUCGCUGUGGUGCUCAAUCAGUCGUUGUCGGCCUCAACUUGUUUGUUUUUGGCGGACAAUGCGGUCAAACAUACUUUUCUGACUUUCACGUCAUAGAUUUAAACGCUAUGAGUUGCGCACAAAUCAACAGUAAUACAGACGGUCCAUGCCCUCGCACCGGGCAUGUUAUGGCAACAUACAAAACCAAAAUUAUCAUUUGGGGCGGUUUCAACGGCCAAUUACUCGAUGAUUUAUGGGAGUACGACAUCACGAACAACACGUGGUCUCAGCUUCAAUCAGAUGUCCCAGGAAGAGACCACGCAGCAUUUGCAGUUUCAAAUGAUAAACUUUACAUCACAUGCGCUUCAAAGAUCGAUGACAUGAUCAUCUACGACUUCAACACGCGCAAAAUAGAAUCGUUUACAGUUACAGGAUCCCCUCCUUCGUUCGAUCUGAAAGGAGCUUUCCUUAUUCCUGUUGACAGAUACCUCAUCUUGAUCGGAGGCCUCGUCAACAAGCAGAAGUUCGCUAUGGUUCGUGCUUUUGAUACCGUCAAACGGUGGUGGUUUGUUUUUUAUAUCGUCCCAGAUGAGGACACAACAACCGUUGCAGACGGUGGCGUCGAUUCAGCUGGCAUAUUCUUAGUGCCGAGAAUGUCCGGUGGCAUCUGCGUUUAUAGAAAUACGACAAGAGAUAUAUGCGUUACUCUUGGAAGGCCAUUCUAUUCACCACCACCGAUCUUCUCGUUCCACGUCUGCGAGGGCGUGGCUACAAUGAAUCAACAGCUUGAUUUAUUGGAUAUAUUGAAAUUUGGAUAUUAA